AUGGAUAAGAACAAUACAAGAACCCUUGUGAAAAGAGCAGCUCUUGCAAUGGUUUUAGCCGCCCUGGUGUUGAUGGAAGAACGUACGGUUCCCGUAUGUAACAUCGACACAACCAGCUUAGAGAAAUGUCGUCCAGCCGUCACCGGAAACAACCCACCGCCUCCAGGUAACAAAUGCUGCAGAGUCCUCCAAGUUGCUAAUCUCGAAUGCAUCUGCAGCUUCAAGUCGUAUCUCCCCGUUUUAGCGACGACUAACCCAUCUAAACUCGAGGCCCUUCUGACAAAGUGUGGCGUUACAACAAUCCCUCCUGCUUGCCUAGGUAAAAUCAAAGUACCAUAG